AAGCUACUUUAUGUUGUCAUAUUCUCAAUAGUACACACAAAUGAAGGUAAACAUCUUCGGCAAUAAAUGUUUUUUUUUUUCUCAAGUAACAGUUGGUCUUUUUUCAAUUUGACAAUGUUUACAUAAAAGCAUGUAAAACUAAGUUGUGAGCCUGCUUCAAGUGCAAGCCAACCACAGGAAGCGUCAAGUCAUUUUAAAAAACGCCCACAUGAAUGACUUAACAUCGCCCAGUCGGGACUGCUGUUUCAUUAACGCAAGAACUGUCCGAGGCAACAGAAGUUUAUCAGGGCUGCAAAAGUCACAGGAGAAGAGCUAAAUCAUGCCUGGCCCCAGUGGGAAAAAGAGACUUGGCUCUCGGCGGAAGAUGAUCAAACACGAAAUGCCUGAGAAAUUUACUUCAUCACACCAGUCACCUGUACCACAAGCUGAAGAAAGUACUGAUGAUACACUUUUGGAAACUGAUACACUUUCAUCAGUGCAGAAAGCCAACAGAAGUAGGCUGGGCUCUAAUCCACAAAGUCAUAGAAGUUAUGAAGUUGAGCAGACUGCUACUGUAUCAUACCACAAACCUCCGGAGGAAGUUGAGCAAAAUGCCAAUAGAGAACAACUCCAAGCAACUCAAAUUAUACCAACGGAACAAGCUCUAAAAGGGGGAUCUAAUAAGGCAGAUGAGUAUGAUGCAAUGUAUGGGGCACAUAUUUAUACAGCCACCACAUUUGAUGACACUUUGGAUGCUGUAGCAUUUGAUGUGGAAAUACUUCAACCAAAAAAUGAGACAUUGCAUUUGAAUCACAAUGCAGAAGACAGUGGCUUUAGACUGGUUGUUGAGCCCUGUAAGCCAGUGGAAAACACAGGCAGUACUGCCGAAGUGGAUGUUUCCAGUACACAUUCUACUGAUGAGCAACAGCAGAAAGAGCAAGCAGAGGUACAUACUAAUCCAAUAACAAAUGACACAGAAGAGGAAAUGAUUAAAGGAACGGAUCUGUUACCUCUUGUCGAACAUUCAGCAGAGGGCAGCAACUUUCGGAAAGGACCAGAGAGUGCCCUUUACAAUAGUGACUAUGACUACAGUGAAAAUGAUGAAAAUGAAUGUUGUGUUGAGCAACCAGACUAUUCAUUAGCAAUUAAGGAACAUCCUGCAAAUGAGGAACAUGAGCAUUUUGACAUUUCAGAAGUGCAAGGUGCUCAGCAUUCCGACACAGUACAUGAAAAUGUUAAAUCAUCAGAAAUGGGCCAAGAUGAACGCUUUGAUUUAUUGACACACGACCAUAGAGAACAUACUGAUGAAACUAUUGAACAUUCAAAAAAUGAAAUUAUGGAUAUGGCCAUGCAUCGAUCUGAAUUGGUUGUGCAAAGCCGUAAUGAUUCAGAUAUACAUUCACAUGAAAAACAGGAAGAUCAUCUUUCAAAAGAUGUCAAAGUAGAGGUUCCACACAAGGGAGAUGAAAAUGAUCCAAUUUCUAAUACCAAUAUAGACGUAUUGACCAAUGUUGACAAUACAGAACAUACACCCCCCCAGGAACAUGACGUUAAUGCUCAAGCGGCAUAUGAUGAACUGUGUGCUGAUAGAGCUGGUAGUGAAAUUGAGGAGGGUGAAUUGGUUUUACAAAGGUUUGUUGUCAACUCUCAAAGUGAGGGCAACAGUUUGAGUGCAGAUGAGCAAAGAGCGUCCCCCUGUCCAACCAGAAGCAGGAGAAAAAUGGGCUCUAGUCGGCGGAACAAAUGGAGUAGUGUAGAGGUAUUUGACACAAACAGUGACUCCAAAAGUGAUGCUGUUGGAAAGAUGCAUGAUAAUAAUCUUCCUGAAUUAGCAAGUGUUGCAGCUGAAUUUAAUUUAGGGGAAACAUUGCCAAUAAAAAAUGUUUUAGAAACUACUCAAAGUGAAAAUGUGUGUGAUUUAGUUAAAAGUGCACAUGUAGGCCCUAAUUUAAAAACUUCAAACAUACAUUCAACUGUAGCCCAACCCUUAACUGAACAAUCCAAUUCCAGAGAGACUCCAGUGGAGGAACAUCUUUCUAAAGUUAAAAUUGAAACACAAGUAAAGGAAAACCCAACUUUUUUGACACGAAAUGGAGCCCGAGAGGAGGGCUGUUUGGUGAAUAAACCACGUGUGGAUGCAAAUGAGUUACACAGCCUAAAUAAUGCAGAAUUUGAAGACCAUCAAGCAAAAGCAACACUUUUAUCACCUAAAGCAGAAACCUCAACAUAUGAUGUGGAACAUGAGCAGGUUGACACAGUUUUAGUUCAUGAGCUUUGGUCACCAAAAACAGACCAAAAAGUGGAUUCUGAAAUGUUGAUUCUUGAGGUUAAAGAAGAUAUUAAUGAACAUAUUAAUCAUUUAGUUGAGGAAAUUGUGGAAUUGGAAACUAAUCAAUCUCAUGAUGCAAAUUUGAAUCCAAAUCAUAUAUCUGAGGAGGGAUCAAUGAAAGGAGACAACAUGGAGCUUUUGAACCAGAGCGACACAAAUUCUUCAAUUAUAAAAAUGAUGGAUUCGAUUAACAGAGAUGGAAAAGAACAUUCACAACCCCAGGAACAUUACAUUGAACCUCAAAUUAUGUCUGAUGACAAACUAAAUGCAGAAAGAGUCGUUAGUGGAAUUGAGGGGAGUGAAUUGACUUCACAAAGUGUUCAACAAGACAAAAGUUUUGACAUUACCCACCAUAACGAAGACACCAAUGUAAGUUCAGAUGAGCUAAGAGAAUUUUUCCAUCCAAAUAAAAACCGGAGAAAACUUGGUUCUAGUCGACGGAACAAAAUAAGUCCUGUAAAGAUUUUUGACACAUACAUUGAAUCGCAGAACUAUAUAGCCAGAAAGGCAGGAGAUGAUCAUGAUCUUCAAGAGACUGUCACAUCUACACUGGAAACUACAGAUCAAGAAAACACAAGCUGUGAUAAAGAUGCACACACUGAGAGCAGUGGAGCAAAAACCACAAUUGUGUCACCUAAAGAGGAAAUGUCAACAAAGCUGUGUCACUGUUUUAUCUCUUCUGAAAGCCAAAAUGCUCAGAGGUUAGAGGAAGAUGCCCAGAAAAUGCACAUGGUUUACCCUGUAGAAAUAAAUGAAGUUGAUCGGACUGAUCACUCCCUACCACAGGCUCGCAUUUCUGUUGAAACCAUGCAAACAGAUGCUCCUUUUACGCAUAAAUCCUACAAAGAACUCCUGGCAGAAGGCACUUCGAAUACUGGAGAUGACACAGUGACAAUUGAGAUGACAGUGCAACAAAUGUCCCAAGAACAAAUUGAUGCACGCUUUAAAUCCACUGAGCAAUUGGAAGGUAAAGUAGAUCAAGAGGAAGACAUUUCUCCAAAGUUGGACAAAGAAGAUCUUCCUGAACCUGAGGGGGAAGACACAGACAAUCCAAUGUGUUGCACCAAUAGCACUUUGAAUGUUCAAGAGGCACAGGAAACCUUUCGGCACCAAAACCUACAGGCUGUGUCUCUGAAGAAAGAGUUGCUGACAGAUAAUGUGAUGGUCCCUGAAAAAUAUGAACUAAAAAAAAAUGUGCCCAUUGCUGACAACGAAGAAGUUGAAGGAGGAGUUGAGAAGAAACCAAGCGAAGCCUUUGAUUUGAAGGAAAACUGCACUAUAUUACCAGAAGUGGGUGCAUGUGACACUGGCAUCCCUAAGACAGUGGAUACAUGUCAGGACCAGCAGGCGCUACAUGAGGAAAGUCUGAACUGGCAAGUAAAAAACAACGCCAAUAAAAGAAAAAUGGGCUCCACUCGUAAGUGUCAAAUAAACAGGAAGCAAGAAGCACAGAUGGACAGCUUGCUCGCAGAACUUGAUAUGAGAAGUUUGGAGAACAUGGAAGUGCUGGAGGAUGUAUCACAGAAGGAAGCUUUUGAAAAUCAAAGGACAGAUUCAUUGUGUGAAGAAGGGCAGGAAACGAACAAGGACGAGGAUGAUGAUAACCAGGAGCUUCACAGCACUUCUGGUGAAAGUCACAUGAUAUCAGCCACAGAGUCCCUGGCUGUCCUUCCAGAACAGGCGUCUUACUGUCAUACAGAAGAUGCUAAUCCCCUUACUUUCCAGGUAGAUGAUCUAAGCAAAAAUGACAAAUGCAAUGACACAAUUGUAGAUGGUCUAAGUGGAAAUGUGAAAUGCAUUGACACAUUUGAACCUGAUCAUGAUGCAGGCUUUAAGGUUCACAUUAACACCUCGGUUGACACUGAGCUGUAUUCAAGUUGUGAGACUACACAAAAUAAGGGAAGUGCACCACAGCUCAAAGACCUUAAGAACUCACGUUCUGAAGAGCAUGUGGAAGCUCAAACAAAUACACAAGUAUCAAAGACUGAGAGUGUCGGAGCUCCUGAUAAAAACACAGAGACAAAGAGUCCAAAUUUGAGCUCGACACACAGAAAAAGAAGGAUGGGUUCCAGUCGCAAAAAUUUGGGGACCAUGUCAAAAGGGGACUUGGAUCAAAAGUUGGAUAUGGACAAAGAGGCUUCAGUCGCCGUCCAUGUCCAAGAUGUCAUGUUUGAAAGCGCCAGUAAGAGUGAAGACAAAGACCUGACACUUCUUGUACGACACAAAAACACAGCAGCCAAAGAGAAUGUUGUCCUCAGCCACACUAGUGACACACAAAACAAAGCCCCGAUACAUGGAAAAAACAAGGAACAUAUAACUUCAGAGCAUCAUCUGGCUCCACGCGAGGAUUUUAAAGAAACUCCGCCUGAAUUAAAAGUGCUGUCGGAACUGGCACCUGAAGGGAGAAGAAGGAAACUAGGAUCCCACCGGAAGUCACGAGGGGGACACCAAACUCAACUUAGUCAAGGAGAGGACUCGUUGGUGAAAAGUCAGCCACAAGCUUUGACAACAAUCACAGAUGAACAUGCUGAUGAAAUCAUUCAAAGCUACAAAGACUCACAGGUAAGAGGAAAAAGUCAUGAAAGUGACAUCAAGCCAUCAUCCGACAUCACUACCACAAAGUCUGCCAGAAGCAAGACCUCUCAGGAUGUCACUUCAUCUCAUGACCCCUAUAAUCAAGUCCUCCUAGGUCAAGAUACCCAGAAGAAUAUUUCUUCAGGUCAUUUUGACGUUAGAGCACAAGCCUACAACGUUGUCAUGAUCGGAGACAGCUGCGUGGGCAAGACCUCCUUCAUGAGGCGAGCUCAGAAUGGCAAGUUUUAUCCGGAUAUGCCCGCGUCUGUGGGUCUGGAUACAUGUAUGUGGACUGUGGUCGUGGAGGAGAAACUUGUGGUGCUCCAGUUAUGGGAUACAGCAGGUCAAGAAAGGUUUCACAGUGUCACCAAGCAGCUCUUUCAUAAAGCGCAUGCAUUUCUCCUGAUGUACGACAUCACUUCCUGGCAAAGCUUCACCUCUGUUCACUUCUGGGCAAGCUGCAUUCAGGAAGGGGCUGUGGAAAAGAACAUUCCCAUUUUACUUCUUGGAAAUAAAAGCGACGACGUGCGACGCAGCGUUAAAACCGAAGAUGGGCAGAAUGUUGCAAAGGAGUACAACGCAGAUUUCAUGGAGUGUAGCGCGGUCACUGGUGACAACGUGAUUCAGUCUUUGGAGGCAGUUGCCAGGUUGUUGAGUCAGACGGUUGGUGGACAAGAGGAAGGCGGGGUGUUGCACAAAGAGCCCGCAAAGAAAACAUCAGGAUGUUGCUGAAGGCAUGAAGUGGUGCAAUGUGCUACAUCUCGGGGUUGGUUUGCUCUGUAAAGGUGCAUUUCAGCCAUUUUACUGGCCGCAGCUUUAGGUACGCUUGCACUAAUUGCGCUGCUUUGCGCUUAUCAGAAUUGCAUGCUCCUUCGUGAUGUCAAUAAUAUCCCACCCGACAUCUUUUUGGCUCCUUUUUAAUGUAGGCUAAAAUAAAUUUGAUUUAAGUGUAGUUGCUCCACCUGGUGAACAAGUUAAUUACUUUCUCCCGCCUAUUUUGUUAUCUAUACUUGUGAAAGUAGACCUCAUAUUACCAUACAUACUGUACAACAUCUGCAUGUGUACUAGAGAUGCGUGGUUUGCGGUCUCAUCCGCAGAGUCUGUGGGUCGGCGGUUGACAUGACGAAAAAAUAGAUUUUAAUUAUAUUUGAGCGGGUGGCGGUUGAACCAUCCGGAAAUAUUUGAUAUGCAUGGUUCUGUGAUCGGUAUCCUUUGCCAUUCAAAGUGCCAUUUAAGACCCGUGUCAUAAAGCGAAGAAGACAAUAAGAGACGCUAUUAUUCUACUGAAUGACUGCCGGCAGUCACCGAAAUAAUAAGUAUUAGGGCGUGCUAUGAAGCCAUUGGCUUUGUCGCCUACUACAACAUGUACGAUCUGCUCGUCAGUCCAGCAUCAUGUUGUGUGUGGCUUCCGCGGCAACACGCACACGACUGCAAGGCAUACUGGGUGACACAAAGUACACUAAUGGUUGUGAUAUAAACAAUUUUAACACUCUCAGUAAUAUGCGCCACGCUGUGAAGCCACACCAAUUAAGAACAACAAACACAUUUUCGGGAGAAUAUCCUCACAGUAACACAAUCCCCCCCCCCCCAUGCGUCGGUAAGGUGGGCGGGGUUGGGGGUGCGGGGUGUAAAAUAUAUUCAGGAACUGUCACGGUUACAAAGGAUUAUGGGUAUUUGUUGUGUUGUGUUACUGUGAGGAUGUUCUCCCGAAAUGUGUUUGUCAAUCUUGUUGGGUGUGGCUUCACAGCAUGGCACAUAUUAGUAAGUGUUAAAGUUGUUUAUAUCACAACCAUCAGUGUACUCUAUCACCCAGUAUGCCUUUCAAUCUUGAACGUGUAAUUGCGGAAGCUGCACUCAUGUUGCCAAACCAACAAUCGGUUCGUACAUAUUGUUGAAGGUGUCUAAGGUAAUGGCUUCACAUCACGCCCAUAUUCUUGUAAUCAGGAUGAACGCAAUUGGUUAGUCGCGGGAACGUUAGCGGCUCCAAUUGUCAUCAUUGCUCUGUGAAACAUGUUUAAAUAGCUCUGUGAGUGGUAAAGGUGAACAACCUCUGAUGUAUUUCAGCGGGCGGAUACGGUCCUGAUAAAAUGUUGGUUCGGGUGGACGGCGGGUGGAUAACGACUUUGGUGAUGCGGAUGUUAUAAUUGCCUAUCCGCGCAUCUCUAAUGUGUACACAUUGUUGUGGCCAUCAUGUAUUUGUACAGUCUUCUACCGUGUGUGCAGAUGAAGUCAUCCUUCGCUUAUCGCUAUUAAUUCCAGACCUACAAUACAGGCCAAAAAGUUUGGACACACCUCAUUUCAACGCGUUUUCUUUAUUUUCAUGACUAUUUACAUGGGGCAGCACGGUGGAACAGGGGUUAGUGCAUGUACCUGACAAUAUGAAGGCCCUGAAUAGUCCUGGGUUCAAUCCCGGGCUCAGGAUCUUUCUGUGUGGAGUUUGCAUGUUCUCCCCGUGAAUGCGUGGGUUCCCUCUGGGUACUCCGGCUUCCUCCCACUUCCAAAGACAUGCACCUGGGGAUAAGUUGAUUGGCAACACUAAAUUGGCCCUAGUGUGUGAAUGUUGUCUGUCUAUCUGUGUUGGCCCUGUGAUGAGAUGGCGACUUGUCCAGGGUGUACAACGCCUUCUGCUCGAGUGCAGCUGAGAUAGGCUCCAGCAUCCCCCGCCACCCCAAAAAGGGACAAGCGGUAGGAAAUGGAUGGAUUGAUGGACUAGUUAGAUUACAGAUUGUCACUAAAGGCAUCACAACUAUGACACCUGUGAAGUGAAAAAAAAUUUCAGGUGACUACCUCUUGAAGCUCAUCAAGAAUGCCAAGAAUGUGCAAAGCAAUAAUCAGAUCAAAGGGUGGCUAUUUUGAAGAAACUGGAAUACAAAACAUAUUUUCAGUUAUUUUAACCCCACGUGUUCAUUCAUAGUUUUGAUGCCUUUAGUAACAAUCUACAAUGUAAAUUAGUCGUGCAAAUAAAGAAAACCCAUUGAAAGAGAAGGUGUGUCCAAACUUUUGGCCUGUACUGUAUAAGUGAGUUUUUGCAAUGUAAAAUAUUGUAUUUGUAUCUUGAACAUUUUCAUAGAGCAUAAAACGUCUACUAGUCCUCUCGACAUGAAGUAACACACAUAGUCACAUUUACACUUGUUUUACCCAAUAGUGGAUAUAAAAUACAAUCUGUAAUAUGUAUGACAUAUUGUAUACUAAUACUCAUAUUUUUUUAAAAAGUGAAUCAUAUUUAUAUAGCGAUUUUCUCUAGAGCAGGGGUCGGGAACCUUUUUGGCUGAGAGAGCCAUGAAAUCCAAAUAUUAUAAAAUGUAUUUCCGUAAGAGCCAUAUAAUAUUUUUUUAACACUGAAUACAAUACGUGCAUUUUUAAGUAAGACUAACAUUUUUUAGAGGAUAAUAAAUAUUUUAUUCAUUUUAAUAACAUUAUUCUGAAGCUAACCAAUAAUAACUUAAAUACUUCUUACCAUUAAUGCGACCCUCCUGUACCCCAAAGGGCAGCUGGGGUUGGUUGAGCCACCCAUAACCUUGAACAGGUGCGGUAGGAAACGGAUGGAUGGUUUAAAAUGCAUGAGAAUGUUUUAUUAUUUGAACGUUAUUUUGAAAAGUUAUUUCCAGCGGAAUUAUUCAUUACUUAUCGUGUUAAGCAAUGUCAGCAAAGAUUUAUCUGAGAACCAGAUAGAGUCUUCUAAAGAGCCACAUCUGGCUUGCAAGCCAUAGGUUACCUACUCCCUGAUCUAGAGACUCAAAGAGCUUUACAUAGUGAAACCCAUUAUCUACAGUUAAACCAGUGUGGGUGACACUGGGAGCAGGUGGGUAAAGUGACUUUGCCAAGGACACAACAGUGACCAGGAUGGCGAAAGCAUAGAUCAAAUCUGGAGACCUUAAGUUGCUGGCACAGCCUCCCCUCCCCUCGAGCCACAACCACAAACCUAUUAAAAUACAGUAAAUUGUUCAAUGAUUAUAUGCUGUGCAAUAUAUUACAAUAGCUAAGAUUUAUCUUAGAUAUUGUAAGUGUAUUUAGCCAUUGUUAUGCUUGAAUGCUCAAUUUAGACCAAAAACAGGCAACAUGUGGCUAUUUUGAUGUGGUAGCUUUCUCAAAAAGUUGCAAUUUUUUGUGGCAUUUUUAAUUUUUUAAUAACAUUGAAUCAACUUCUUAUUAUAUGAAUGUACUAGUAAUGUUUUUAAGUGUUCCUUGCAAUCUUGUGUUUUUGAGAUUGAGGUUACAACACAAAUUUGAAACAAAUAUGGUAUUGAUAUUUUACUAAUUUUAUUACAGCACAGACCUAAAAGUAAACAUCCAAUGGUAGUACAAAUACAUGAUCAACAUACUCAGAACUCAUUGUCAAAUUACCAUACCAUUUUAAUUAUUUAUAAUUACAGAUAGAAACACCACCAAAGGCUUCCUUUGUGUCGUGUCUGCAACUUACACUUGUUCUGUCAACUUUAUUUUUUGUUUUGCUUUAGGUGAAAAUGUGUUUAUGGUCCAACACAUACUGUGCACGUUGAGACCAAUCUAUAGCACUAAAUGUUCAUGGUAAAUAAGAGCCAAUGAGGGAUCAUCACACUUCAACAUCUCUAACAAAUGUAAAUGCUGUCUCUUUGUAACAUCCCCAUACCAAAUAUUUUCUUGGCAAACCCUGGAUCAACAACUUUGUCUACACAAGAAACAAACAUAAGUUUUGACUAGACAGUUGACGUGCGCGUUUGAGCGCCGCUAAGACAUUUGAUUGGCAAAAAUUACGCUGAUUUGGCAGAAUAUGGAGGAAAGUUGCAAGGUUGCACAUACUACUCAAAAUUGGUUGAGUUUGCAUGAAUUCCUAGGAACUAAAAUGUGCUUAAUAUAAAUAUUUUUGACUAAUAAAUACAGACAGUGCUGUCAUGCGAAACAACGAGGAACUGUGAUGAUUUUUUAGAUAAAUAUGUAAAUUUUGUCUAUCAGUGUUGGCCCUGCGAUGAGAUGGUACACCGCCUUCCGCCCGAAUGCAGCUGAGAUAGGCUCCAGCACCCCCGCGACCCCAAAAAGGGAUAAGCGGUAGGAAAAAGAUGGAUGGAUAUUUUUGAAUUAGAGUGAUAAGACAAAACACCUCGUGGUGACUAUAUUACAGAUGCAGGUCACUCAAUAAUUAAUGGCAAUAAAACUCUGGUGUAAAUUGUAUCUAAUUUGUGUUGCAAACUAAUCUAAAAUGUCUCUUGUUCUUCUAUUUGAUGUGGUCGUACUUCCAGACAAGCAAAGCCAACGGUGUCCUCCCUUAGAGCGACUAGUCCUGCGAAGGCAUCAUCAGGCCUCCAACAGAACCACAAUAUCGAAAAGUACUCCUUAAGUUCGGAUCUCAGGAUUGUCACAUCCGCUUUUCAGCAUACCUUCGUCUUCAGAGAAGCUUCAUCUAGAAUGCAGUUCUUCUCUGGCCGUAGCGUCUUGUUGCUCCUGGGCUUUGUACUCUUGUUUCCUUUGUCUGUGACCAGCGUGGUACUGUCGGAUAGCACUUAAGACAUCAGCGGGCUUCCAGCGGUCGCGGGUAAGAGCGUCCCUCAGGGUGAAAGUGCCAUCUCUCGUACGGCGAACUCCCUUGCAGAAGGCCGUGCUGCGCAACUCCAGUCCGAUCUCGUGCACCACUUUGCGGAGGUAGUUCUGCGUUUCGUUUAGGCAUUGUACCUCUAAGAACAUAAAAACAAUUUGGUGAGUUAAAACGGUUAAAUAUGUUGUCCAAAAGCAGGGAUGUCAUGAUGUAUCUUUUUCACCUUGGAUAAGCUAGCAGCACCAACUAUAGUACAUACUUUUUAAAAUGUUGGAAAAGUUUUGAUUAAGUGAAAUUAGUCCAAUAACAAUUGUUGUUAUGAAAAACACAUGACACAUUAAUGCUUUUGAAGUAAUUUUUUUGGCAACACCAAUAACUUGACCUCAUAUGUUUGUUAUUGAAUACGUUCUGACACCAUUCUUUCUGCCUUGGAAACUUCGUAUGUGUUGGUUAUAUGUAAUUAUUAUUUGAUAACUGUUUUAUAGAGGUUAGAUUCUUUGGGUGUGUGUGUAUCCACGCUACUUCUGCUUUUCAUGACAGUCUGUAAUUAAAUACAUAAAUAACCGAUAUUUGGACAUUUGUCUAUUAAUUCAGUAUCGUCCACGCUCCUAUUGUGAUGCAUUGACAAAUGUGCUGUUUCAGACUGCAACAUUUAGAUGUUAAAUGACUGCCCCGCUUUAAACUGUCAGUUUAAAAGAUUUUAGAUGCAAGCCGAUAUCAUCUGAAACUUGUUUUGUUGCCGAUAGGGUCGUUCCUAUACCAAUAUUUUGGUACCGGUACCAAAUGUAUUUUGUUACUUUUCAAAGAAAGGCGAAGACAAAAAAAAAUAUUAUUGGCUUUAUUUUAACAGAAAAUCUUAUGAUACAUUAAAUAUAUGUUUUUUAUUGCAAUCAGAUAGAAACAUUUUCAUAAAAUAAGAGAGAACAUUGCCCUAAACACAUGCUCUUUUAAUAAUAAAUAGGCAAACAAAAGCUCCUAAUAUGGCUGCAGACGUAUGCAGAUUGUGUAAUUUCCCAUUCUGUUGUUUUGUUAAAAUUAUAAGGGACAAGCAGUAACAUGAAUUAUUAAUCCGCUUGUUUAAUUACUUUUAAUAUCUGCUUUCUUUUUGUUUUACCAUGUUCUACCUACACUUCUGUUAAAAUGUAAUAAGCGCUCAUGCUUUGGUUGUUUGGGUACUUUACAUUAGUUUUAAGUGAUCAUACACAUUUUGGUAUCAAUCCAAUACCAAGUAGUUAAAGGACCAUACAUAAUUAAAGUACAAAUAAAAAAAAGGAAAAAGGAUUUUGUGAUAGUAUAAAGUGAAGUGAAUUGAAUAGCGCUUUUCUCUAGUGACUCAAAGCGCUUAACAUAUCGAAGUUACAUUUAAACCAGUGUGGGUGGCACUGGGAGCAGGUGGGUAAAGUGUCUUGCCCAAGGACACAACGGCAGUGACUAGGAUGGCGGAAGCGGGGAUCGGACCUGGAACCCUCAAGUUGCUGGCACGGCCACUCAAUCAACCGAGCUAAACCGCCCAUUGUAGUAUCGACUAGAUACGGCUCUUGUACUUGGUAUCGUUACAGUCGAUCCUAAGUAUAGAGAGCCACCCAUUUGUUUACAUUCAGGAGCACUUUCUUUUUGUUAGCAGUGAGGUAUUGUAUCCUCCUACAGUGUGUAGCUAGUCCUCAUCCUGCAAGGAUGAUACUUUUAAGAAACGUAUUUGUCGCCAUGGAGAUGUGGAUUAGUGAUUCAGAAGUAGCUUAUACACUGCCGACUGCGGAUGGAAGUUAACCGCUACGGGUUGCCAACUUCUUGAAAACAAAAAACAAAAGGGACAUCACGUUGGUCUGGACAGUGUUCCAAAAAAGUGUGCUGCUUAAUAAAAAACAUUCACCAUUUGAGGAAUUCGAUAGUUAACAUAACUAAUGUACGGAUUAGGAUAACAUUUUCUGAAAAUGUCCGAAAUAGAUCCUGGAACAAGUGCUUUAUUAGUUUUCAUCAAUAUUCAAAUAUGAGUUUGUUAAAAUAUUUGUUUUGUCACCAUACAGUAUAAACCAGUGGUGCACCAAAGAAUAACUUUUUUAAAUAUUGGAAUAUAAGUUUUAUUUUCACAGUGUUACUGCUGAAACUGUGUGUUAUGUUACAAUCUACUUAAUAAAUAAAACCUCUGCCUG